UUACUAGUCAGGUCUCGUGCCGUGGCCUUCAGUCGGGGAUUCUCUGUAAGCCACGAAUAAAGGGACUCAUAAUUACCGCGCGGAUUUCGUCUAUUGAACAUCAUUGUUGCUGUUGGAAAGUCUACAGAAAACUGGGCUGGUUAAGUAUUAGAUAAGAGAAAAACCAAGAUGGCGGACGAACCCAGGAAGGGAGAUAUGAGCAGCAAAGCCAAUAUGGCCGGCGGGAACGAGGACAAGAAGGGACGGAAGACCUGCCUGUGCUCCCGGACGGUGACCUUUGUACUAGUCGUGUCGAUACUGGUGAUCUGUGUUGGUGUCGCUCUGGUCGCUGGAUUCCAUUUCGGACUGAAAAAAUCCAACCCAACGGUGUUUUUUGACAUCACCAUCGAAGGACGUUCGGCAGGACGAAUCGUCGUCGAACUGCGCGCCGAUGUCGUACCGAAGACUGCCGAAAACUUCCGAGCUCUCUGUACGGGUGAAAAGGGCCGAGGCACAUGGGGCGAACCAUUACACUACAAAGGGGUGCUGUUUCACCGGUGCAUCCCAGGCUUCAUGGUACAAGGGGGCGACAUUCAAUUCAACAACGGCUCGGGAGGGGAGAGCAUCUAUGGAGGAGACUUUCCCGACGAGAACUUUAAGCUGAACCACACGGGCCCGGGCAUCCUGAGCAUGGCGAACGCCGGACCGGACACUAACGGGUCUCAGUUCUUCAUCACGGUGGAGAAGACGCCAUGGCUGGACGGAAGACACGUCGUCUUCGGCAAGGUCAUCCAGGGAUAUGACGUUGUGGAGAAGAUAGAAGCCGCCGGGACGCCGAGCGGAGCGACUACCGCCAGGGUUCUGAUCGCUAACAGUGGACAGUUAACUUAACGUCCUGACUCGGACACAACAUUCAACCACCUGUUGGAUUCAAUAAUUCUUCUUUUCUUGUUCGAGAUAUCGAACAUUAUGAUUGAUGAAUAGCUUUUUUUUAUUUUACUGAGGAGAAAAGCCAAGUUACGUUACGUACGUUACGUAUUGUUUCUGUCCGCAGUACACAUUCUUGAAAAGUAUACUCACAUGUAACUCAGUAACAUGAAAGCAGACCCUUCAAACCAAAUGGGGGCAACAUCUAUUUCUGUCUUACCUUCAAAAGGGUUUUAUCGAGACUUAGAGACAAUGGUCGCUAUAACAUUUGAGCUUGAACAUUUGUAACAUUGCGCUACGUACUACGUUCGAUGGCAUAUGUACAUGUACGUGAACUUACUGGUCGUUUUACGUUAAGACUAGAUUGAAGUUAUGUUUGUGACCUAUGUAUGAAUUUUUGAUGUUGAAGUAAAAAAUGUAGAAGUUUUUGG